AUGGAGAAGGACACCUGCAAGUUGCCACCGCAUGAUGCAGCUACCUGGACCCUUUCUGCCAUUGUUUGCAUAGGAGUCGUUGCAUCUUAUGUCCCGCAGAUUGUGCGGAUUGUAUCUGCGCGAUCGUCAGUGGGUCUUUCUCCUUGGUUCCUGUUCCUGGGUACCACGUCCAGUUGGUGUGCUACCUUCAAUGUGCUCGUUCUACAAUGGCCUUUGCUGGCAUGUACGCUCAAGCAUGUCUCAUGGAUGCAUGUUGAGUACUGGAUGGGACUUUUGCAGACAGGACUGCAACAGCUCAUGUUUACAAUCCUCUUUGCCUGUUUUUUGUAUUAUUAUCGUUUGGAAAAAGUCCCGCACCGACGGCGCUCACGGCGGCGGCACUCAACGCGUCCAGUCCGGAAAGAUACCGACACUUCUCUGUUGCAUCCUCCCGAGCAGGAUGGGAAUGAUUCCUCGGGCUCCGAAAGCGACUUGGAGUCGUAUCACUCACACAUCCACCAGAGCUACGGAGCAGUGUCAAACUCAGACCAUGGGCAUGCGGCCGAUACGCUAGCAACUCAUGCCCGCUCCCACGACGACUAUAUGAACAUACCAGCACAUAUGCGACAUAUCUUAGAACGUCAUCUACUUCCCUCGGAAGAGGCGAUUCAUGGCAAAGUCGGUUCAGUCCACGAGUUCCAACUCAGCCGGCAAUUGGCUUGGGUUGCGACUAUCUUGGUACUCAUUAUUGUGAUUUUGAGUGUGGUGAUGCUGGGCUCACACGCUCGCCGUGCGCAAGUGUUGCCAUGGGCUGCUUUCUUGGGCGUGCUCGGUGGUUUGCUUGCUAUGUGUCAGUACUUGCCUCAAAUUCUGCACACGGCUCGUGCACGACUCGUGCGAAGCAUGAGUAUCCUGACGAUGUGCAUCCAGGUUCCAGGAGCAUUUGUCUUUAUUUACACUCUACAUGGUCGUGAAGGCAUAAAUUGGUCAUCACUCCUACCUUAUGUUGUGGCAGCUUUGCUGCAAGGCAUACUCCUUGUUCUGUGUGUCGCAUGGAAACUGCGACAGCGCCAAGAGGGCCUCGAUGACUACGGACGGUAUAUUGGCACAGCUGCACUUCAUGCGUCUUAA